AUGUCUGCCAUUCAUUUGCUACUUUUUGGUGGCAUUUUGAUUCUAGCACUGGUAAGAUUUUCAAGCAAACGAAAGAACAAGGAGCUCCCUCUGCCACCUGGACCGAAACCGCUUCCACUGAUUGGAAAUCUUCACCAAGCACCAGCUCUAUAUCCAUGGAGGGUGUUUCAGCAAUGGGGAAAGCAAUACGGGCCAAUCAUUAAACUUCAGUUCGGCCCUACCACCAUCAUCCUGUUGAACAAUCAUGAGACAGCUCACGAUCUACUAAACAAACGAAGUGGUAUCUAUAGUUCACGUCCCAGAGUUGUUAUGGCAGCAGAGUGUCUGGGCCAUGGAAUGCUCACUCUAUUGAUGCCUUAUGCUGCUCAAUGGAAGGCACACCAGCGUCUUCAGAUGUCUGUUUUGAAUGCGAGGGUCUCUCAAACUUACUGCGCUCUUCAAGAAUUGGAGAGUACACAGCUCGUCUUUGACAUGUUAUCGACCAACAACUUUACCGAUGGAUUUCGACGGUACUCAGCCGGACUGAUAUUUGCCCUAGCAUAUGGAAAACGAAUCGACAAUUUCGCGUCCCAAGAUUUGAAGGAUUUGGAUCAAGUUAUCGACAACACGUUAAGCACAUUACAGCCUGGAUGGAUUGUGGACCUAUUUCCUAUUCUCAACCAUCUUCCCCGAUGGCUUGCCCCUUGGAAGAGGCUUGGUGAUAAACUCUACAAAAUCGAGUCCGAAAUAUGGAACAAAAACUACAAUAGUGCAACCUCAGCACCAUCCUGGAAUUGGUCAAAGCAAAUCAAGUCGCUUGUCGAGAAAGAUGUCAACAAUCACAUGUCACCUAUGGAAUUAGCUUAUGAUGUUGGCAUCAUAUGGGAAGUAUCAACUGAUACGACGACAAUUGCGUUGGAGGUAUUUAUCCUUGCUGCGGUGCUACAUCCACAUGCGGUGAAAAAAGCGCGAGAAGAGCUCAUUCGAGUCGUCGGGAAUGAUCGUCUACCCAGUUUUACCGACAAAGAGAAUCUUCCAUACAUACAUGCGUUCCUGCAGGAGGUUCUACGAUGGCGACCUGUGGCUGCCGGUGGUGUGCCACAUGCUCUCCUUGAAGACGACGUUUACAAGGGUUACCGUAUUCCCAAAGGCGCGACCAUAAUUGCCAACCAGUGGGCUAUUUGUCACGAUGAGGGGACUUUUCCAUAUCCCGAAAAUUUCGACCCCGAGCGCUGGUUAAAGAAUCCGGACCUUCCAGUCGCUGCAUUUGGCCACGGACGACGGACUUGUUUUGGCCAACACAUUGCGAGAAACUCGCUAUUUAUUAUUAUUUCGCGUUUUCUCUGGGCUUUUGACAUUGAGUGUGCAUCAGAGCAGAGAUAUGGUCAUAAAAUCUGGAUGCUUCCUGAUCCUCUGGCUAUGACACAAGGGUUCAAUUCAAAGCCAGAACCAUUUCAAGCUGUCUUCAAGCCACGAAGUCCACACGUCGAAGAGGUAGUUAGGAGAGAGUGGAAGAAUGAGGGUAAAGAUAUUAACGAUAUUAUGGAGAAUAUUCAGAGAGCGCAAACAGCUCAGACAAGCAAAGCAUAG